UAGGCUUGCAGAGGUUGGGUCUUCCUAAAGGAUCUCUGGUGCAGUGCAGGCUGCCAAUACCUGCUCAGUUACAUAAGUCUACCGUCAUGGAAAGAAGGCUCAUAAAGAAGGAGGUGAAAAGGCUGCUGGCAGAUUAUAUCGGCAUCAGACUUCGGGAAAAUGAAUUUGACCCAAAAGGAAGAAGGCAACUCACCUUUCUAGAUGAUAUGGUAAAGAAAGCUGUGCUGGCCCACUAUGACUUGGCCAUCAGCGUUGCUUGGCAAUGGCUGGAUCACUCCCAAGAUUUGACUUGGCUCAAGUGGGAGGAAAUGAAAAUGCCACUUCAUGGCAGAUCCAUGUAUCUAAACCGAAGAGAACGAGAAGCAAUGAUCUUAUCAUCUUAUGCUGGGGUCUUAAUGAACAGUAUCCCAAUUGAGGAAGUCCUUAAAAUUUAUGGGGUUUAUUCUUCUGACAAUUCUGAUUCUUCCAAGGUCCCCCAGGCUCUGUUACCCCGCCGCUCCUUGCACCCUUUUGCCAUGUUGACAGCACCCAAAGCGGCAGAGUGUGCCAGCAGACAGAGUGUCAAGCUGAGAGGAGGAACAAUGAAUAAAAAAGUCACCAGCUCCACAAAGGAAGGAAUGGCACAGGGUACAAAUCCUGGAAAAGGUUCUCAUGCACACAGCCAAAGAAUAAAAUCACUUGGAAAUGUGGGCUUGUCCUGUGGCCCUCCUAAAAGAGCUUCUGGGAGCAGACAAGAAGGAUCAUCCUAAUGCUGCAGCUGUCACCGGCAUGUGGCUUUCUUUGCAGUUAGCUUCUGAUGCAAACUACAUUGAAAGUUAUGUUUGCCACUGAGCUUUAUUUGAAGCAUAGUUCACACCUACAUUCUGGGAAAAGAACAAAUGUGUGUAUCCUGUGCUAUGCCUGUGCUAUGCCUGGAGGACUGUUGGAGCAUUCGGAGAAGAUAUAUUUCUGUGUAGGAUCAGACAAUCUAGCUUUGAAGCACAUUUUGCUAAAUGUGUAGCACUGAAUAUUGCACAGGAUGCUGGGGUUGGGAGGCAGUUUUCCAAAGUUAUAACCCAAAAUAAAAUUACUGUGUUAUUACCAUACUUUCAAAAAGAGAAAUGUAAAAUCAUUUCAAUAAAGCAUUAAAAGAUAAA